GGCGACAAGCGAUGCCCACCUGUCAUCCCAACAGCGUUCAGGUUUGAGCCUUGUUACACCUUCCACCAUUGACGUAGUUCGAGAUUAACCUGUCCCCCCCCGCUACACAACACGCAUUCCUGAUUACCCGCAUCUCUCGUUUGCUCGCAGAAUUGACCACAGCAAGAUGACCAGCACGCCGGACAACGACCGCAACAACUUUUGGUGGCCGACAUAGCGUCAGCCGGCGCGCAACACGACAUGUCGUUGACCGUGCAGCAGCUCAACGCCGACAGCUGCUUCCUCCUCACCUUCAAACCCUCAUUCGCGCCGAAGAACUUCACGGGCAAAUUUCCCGGAAGCUUCAGCAUCCUCAUCGAUCCGUGGUUGGACGGCGCCAGCUCCAUCUUCCACCCCAAAUUCGCAACAAUAUAUCACAGCUCGCCCUCGGCGGUCCGGUCGCUUCAAGAGCUCAGAGACGAGGUGGAUGUGAUAAUUGUCAGCCAGGAUAAGCCGGAUCACUGUCACAGGGAGACGUUGUGCACCCUGAGCAAAAACAGUAAGACGAGGAUAUUCGCAACCCCCAAAGCCGCCUUCAAAAUUCGGGAAUGGAGGCACUUUGAAGAUCCCAACAUCAUCGAAGAGAUACCCACCUACAGCUCUUCCAAAGGUGAAGCUGCUUUCACCCGCAUUGCUAUCGAGCCAUAUUCCACUUCCUCCGCCCCCGGCGAGAUCACAAUCACCAAUCUCUCGUCCAAGACAGAUCUGACGCGUCUCCACAAUGCCAUUGCGAUCACCUAUUGCCCUCCCGGAACUGUGCUCAAGACCGUCGACGGCGACACGAUCAAGCUGAAUGAUCUUCCCAUGACAGCUCGUCCCGGAAGUUCCAUUCCACCUUUCAAAACGAUACGCAAAAAGCCUUCCAUCAGCAGCCCGGUGGGAAUCGUGAAAGCCACCAUACCUCGCUCUCCAACGAGUCCUACUUCGCCCUCGACGUCAACGACAUCUUCCCAACGGCCCAGCACGAGCUUCAGUGCCGGCAACGACUCCCAACAACCAAACCACGAAUCCGUCCUCUCCGUCCUCUACACCCCUCACGGCGUCGAUCCAUCCCUCCUUCGACCUUAUGUCAACUCCCACCUUUCGCACCUCCCUGGGGCCAUUCCGCUCACCGCCCUCUUCCACUCUCUCAAUGUCGAGUCCAAUCCAAAGAUGUUAGGAGGCAUCAUCAGUAAUGGUGCCCCAGGCGGGAUUCAGCUUAUCAAAGAGGUGGACGCGAGGUAUUGGGUUCCUGCGCAUGACGAGGAGAAGAAGAAUGAGGGUCUGGCGACCAAAUUGAUGAGCAGUAAAACCUAUGGCGUGGAAGAAACGAUCAAGUUGUUGAGAAUGAUUGGUGGAAUCGGAGGGAGUAGGGGUAAGAAGACUGUGGUGGAAUCUAUCGGGAACGGAGGGUGUAGGACAUUCCGAGGAGGCUGAGGAAGAUCUGUCUGAAUAUGCAAAAGGCAUGAGGACACGACCGCCCAACCCCGCUAAAAUGCGGUGAAAUGGUACGCGAGGAUAAUAGAGCGCCGGGACAUGGUGGUAAAGGCUCG